AGACAGUCGUGCGGAGACCAAGAAGCGCGUCGGAUCACGCAACGGAACCGCGAAAUCAUCGGGUAGCACGUGACGCUACUUACUGUUAUGCACACAGUAGCGGAUCGAUCGAUCCAACUAUUGUUGUUUUUCUUUCCCCUUUUCGAGAAGACGUGGAUUUUCGAUAUCGAUCCGUUCCGACCUGUUUCACGCGAUUAACCGUACAUACCCAGCCGACUCCCUUCGACGGCAUUGUCUUCGCAAAAGGGAACCUUCCACGCGGAGAUAGUAGGGACGAAAGUAUCGGCGUGUGUUCACGUAGCCGCGACUGGUGUGGCGCACAGUCUUUUUCCCUUUCGUUCGAAACGAGAAUCUCGCGAGGCCGACGACGACGAUAUUCGGGCGUCGCGCGACCUGAUAGAAAGUGCGCCGAGGAAUGCUGAAGGAACGGUACAUCGGUGUGUUCUAGCCGAGUGGUAAUGACAAAUGCGCGGAGCAUGACGUCAAAUGCGAUUAGAGGUAUUCGAAGGAAGAAGAGUUCGCUAUGCGAGGUAAAGGUGGCUGUGAUCGGAGCGCCAGGAGUUGGGAAAAGCGCACUGACAGUCAGAUUUCUAACGCGGAGAUACAUCGGGGAAUAUGAUCACCAGUCAGAGAACAGAUACAAACACGAGGUGUUGGUCGACGGUGAACCCAUCCUUUUUGAGAUUUUGGAUACUUGCCCGAAGAGCGAAGACGAAUUGCCCUCGACGGAGACUGUACAAUGGGCGGAUGGAUUACUUUUAGUCUACUCGAUAAUCGACAGGAGUUCCUUCAAUUUUGUAAGGAAGGCGAAGGAAACACUCGCGGUAGUUGAUCCUGAAGCUACGAUGCCCCUCGCCUUGGUUGGAAACAAAGCAGACAUGGUUCACUUGAGACAAGUUAGCACGGAAGAGGGUGAAAUACUCGCGAAAGACUUUGAAUGCUGGUUCGGUGAAGUUUCUGCUGCAGAACAGGUUACUCAAGUUGCUGAAUCUUUCCACGAAUUGUGUCGAGAGGUUUUGGCAGCUAGGAGGAGGAAUAAACAAUCUUUAUUGGACAGAAUGCUCGGUAGCAAAGCGACGCGUGCUUAUUCACGAGGCAAAAGUGAUUCGGCACUUCCGAAAGAUUAAUAUAAACGUAACUGUUUAAUUUAUUGAUACGUAAAUUUUAUUCAAAAAGAUAAUGGAAC